CCUGGGACAUUUCAGACUGGCACCACCUCCUCUGGCUGUUUCCGAGGCCAUCUAGAGGCCAGAGCUCUAACAGAUUAACCGAGAGUAAAGAGAGGACUGGGGCAGUUUGGAACCUUUGUGCAGACGUGCUCGUGCUCGUAGUGUAGAGGGCGGGAGAGAGGAAAGGAAGGAGGGCAUUAGGAGCUGGGGCCCCACCUUUCAUUUCAGAAAACUGCGCAGGCAGAGCCGGCUGCGUCACAGGCACAGGUGAGGAACUCAACUCAAACUCCUGUCUGGGAAAACGCGGUGCUCGCUCCUCCCGGAGUGGCCUUGGCAGGGUGUUGGAGCCCUGGGUCUGCCCGGUCUGGUCUCUGGGGCCAAGGCUGGGUUUCCCUCAUGUAUGGCAAGAGCUCUACUCGUGUGGUGCUGCUUCUCCUUGGCAUACAGCUCACAGCUCUUUGGCCCAUAGCAGCUGUGGAAAUUUACACCUCCCGGGUGCUAGAGGCUGUUAAUGGGACAGAUGCUCGGUUAAAAUGCACUUUCUCCAGCUUCGCCCCUGUGGGUGAUGCUCUAACAGUGACCUGGAAUUUUCGUCCUCUAGAUGGGGGACCUGAGCAGUUUGUAUUCUACUACCACAUAGAUCCCUUCCAACCCAUGAGUGGACGGUUUAAGGACCGGGUGUCUUGGGAUGGGAACCCUGAGCGGUACGAUGCCUCCAUCUCUCUCUGGAAAUUGCAAUUUGACGACAAUGGGACAUACACCUGUCAGGUGAAGAACCCACCUGAUGUUGAUGGGGUGAUAGGGGAGAUCCGGCUCAGCGUCGUGCAAACUGUACGCUUCUCUGAGAUCCACUUCCUGGCUUUGGCCAUUGGUUCUGCCUGUGCACUGAUGAUCAUAAUAGUAAUUGUGGUGGUCCUUGUCCAGCAUUUCCGGAAAAAGCGAUGGGCUGAAAGAGCUCAUAAAGUGGUGGAGAUAAAAUCAAAUGAAGAGGAAAGGCUCAACCAAGAGAAAAAGGUCUCUGUUUAUUUAGAAGACACAGACUAACAUUUUUAGAUGGAAGCUGACGAUUUCUAAGAACAAGAACCCCAGUAUUUCUUGAAGUUAACGGAAACUCUUCUUUGGCUUUUCCAAUUGUGGCCCAUUUUCCAAUCAGUUCUGCAGCAUGUGCCUAGACAAGCAACAUACCUCUGGAGCCAGCACAGUGCUCUUCCAUAUCACCAGUCAUAUACAGCCUCAUUAUUAAGGUUUUAAUUUCAGAGUGUAAAUUUUUUCAAGUGCUCAUUAGGUUUUAUAAACUAAGAAGCUAUAUUUUUGCCCUUAAAACACUGUAGUGUUAUGACUUGUAUGCACAUAUAUUGGUAUCAAAGGGCAUAAAAGCCAGUUUGUCUGUCAUAGUAUUUCCUUUUACAUUUCUUUUAGCAGCGCUCCUGCUACUAAAGUUAAUGUGUUUACUCUCUUUCCUUCCCAUAUUCUCAGUUAAACGGUGAGUUAAGUCUCCUAGGUGUUUUUGAUUAACAGUAAAUCCUAAAUUCAAACUGUUACAUGGCAUUUUGAUUUUUAUGUCUCUCCUUAACUAUGAGGCGCAUCUUAUUUUAUUGAAAUUUUUUCAAUACUCCAGGUGAUCAAUUUAGUUGUUAUGUUAAUUAAUCCAAGAUUUACAAUAGCACAAUGCGAAAUCACACAGUAACUACAAAAGAUUACAUAAAUAGGAAAAGAUUGGCAGAUGACAUUGCGGGAUGAAUCACUUGUCACUUUUCUUUUGUGCUGUGAAAAAUAAUCAACAAUGUGGGUCUUUCAUGAGCAGUGACUGACUGUUUAGCUUACUAUGUUUUCCCCCACAAUUCAAUGAUCUAUAACCGAGCAAAGUCUAUGCUCAUUUGCAGACUGGAAUCAUUAAGCAGUUUAAUAAAAAGAUUCUAAAAUAGUAUAUUACAACUUUGAAAAUUCAGGGCUGGUGAAAAAAUAUCAACUCUAAAUGAUGAUAAUUUUGUACAGUUUAUAUAAAACUCCGAGAACUGGAAGAAAUUAUUAACUUUUUUCUUUUUCUUGAUUUUUUUUUUUUUUUUUUUGUUUUAAUUCACUUUUUUUUUUUGGGGGAGGAAGACUUUGGUAUGGAGCAAAGAAAUACCAAAACUACUUUAAAUGGAAUAAAACCAGCUUUAUUCUUUUUUUUCCCUCUGUACUGGUAGAUAAAGCAAACUUUAUAAGUGGACUACUGAAAGAAAAGUGCCUUUUGAAAGUGUUUAGCUUCCCGGUGUCUUUCCAAGCUUAAAAUACAGAAGCAUUUGUUCAAAGGAUAGAAAACAUCUAAAAGUUUAGGCUCAAGAUCAAUCUUUACAGACUGAUAUUUUCAGUUUUUAGGCUGCAGAUGUUAUUUCUUUUAACAAAAUGGAAUUUUCAAAUAGAUUAUCUGUAUUUAAAGGUAUGGACCUUGAUAUUUUUCCAAUACUAUUUUAAAAAAAUUUGUAUGAUUUACAUAUGAAACUCAAUUCUGAAAUUCAUUACAUAGCUCAUUCUGCCUUUUAUACUGUCUAAAAAAGCAAAGUUUUAAUGCAGUUUUAAACUGUGCAGUUUAAAUGCACAGUAAAUUACAUCUGAAGGCUGUAUUUCCUUUAAUCACAUUUUAUAUUUUUUCUUCACAAUUCUAACCUUUGAAAAUAUUAUAACUGGAUAUUUCUUCAAACAGAUGUCCUAGAUGAUGGUCCAUAAGCAUAAUGAAGAAGUAGUUAAAAAUGUACAGACAGUUUUUCCAGCAAAAUUUGUAGCUGAUGUCUUGGCUAAAUAGUCAAGCAGUAAUAUGGGCCCGUUGUUUAGUGUCUCCUUCCUAAAGAGCACUUUUGUAUUGUAAUUUAUUUUUUAUUAUUCAUUAAACACUAUGUAAAUAAAUUUUAGUAAUAAAGAAUGAUGAAUUAU